AGAAAAUCACAGUGAAAAAUCACCGUGAUUUUGUCACGUCGAUCACUCAGGUCACAAAAAUAGGAAAUGGAAUUCGUUUUUCAUUCUUGUGAUCCAAAAUAACCUUCACACUUUCACAGGCUUAGGACUGUCGCAUUUUUAACAUUAAUAUUGUAUUGUUUAUAAAUUUUCAACACAAUUCCUCGUAAUUGGUUUAUAAUAAUAUCGAUUUUAGUGCUAUUAUGUGUCCCAUUACGUGGGAAAAUUAUAUCAGAUUAAUGCGGCGUGUUUAUUAUUUUGAAUCAUUAUUUACAUUGAUUUUAUAUGUACAGAUUAAUUUAUAUAUUUACAUAUUUAUGUACAUCAUAUUAUUUUCAUUUUUGCUUCUUUCCUGGGUAUGAUUACUGUGACAUGUAGUUAAAAUUUAAAAACAGCAACUGUUGCACUUUUCGUACGCCAAGUCUGGUACGUCGUUCGUUUAGAAUAUUGCCAGCUUUGGAAAAAAGCCUCUCACAGGGUACAGAAGUCGCUAAGAAGUUGAGCUUUUUUCUCGCUAAAACAGCGAGAUGUGGAUAACUGUGCUGGAAAGUAUGCCACCACUGUAGCGGGUCUUCUACUCUUCCCAAUGGUGGUAAAUCCAAGUACCUCUGUACUUCUAGGAUAGCUUGCGAAUGGGGAGUUCCUUCGGGACGCGCUGCUUGGAUUAUAAUAUCGUAUUCGCCCCAAAUAUCAAAUCUAGGCUUUUUUGCUGCAGGUUCUGCAAGUUCAGGCUCUUCCACGCGUUCUGGCUGCCGAGUUGCUUCUGUUCUUCUUAUUAAACCCGUAACCAGUUCUGUCACAGAUUUUUUGGCUUCAGCCGCAUAUAUUUGGCUCUGAAACACGUGAAGCUUAAAACGCGGGUCGAGCAUAGUAGUAAUUCCGAUGGUCUUACUACAUUCCAAAUUUGCAAACCGUCUUCCUGUUUCUGCCCUGAGAGACGAUAUUGUUCUUUUUGUAACUUCGUGGAGAGUAUCGACGAAGUCUUCCACGAGUGGGUCUUCUGUUAUCUGCAGCAUUUGGUUGAGUGCUGACAUUAGACCCCUUGUUAAAAUAAGUAUCUGGCUACCAGACACAUAUCUCUCGCCACUCAUAGUCUCUGUAAGCUGAUGGAAUGGCUUCAACACUGUACACAAUUCCCGACAUAUCCGCCACUCAUCCGGUGUCAAGGACUCCCACCUCUCAUCCAUUAAGGCCAUUGUUGCUUUGAUGGCAUCUUCAAGCUCGACAAAGCGCUCCAACAUUUUUAAUGUCGAGUUCCAUCUUGUUGCCACAUCUUGGAGAACUUUUUUAGGUGCAGAAAUACCGUUUUGUUUUUGAUAACUGACUAACUUUUCGGUAGCUUUCACGCUUUUCUUAUAGUGUGAAACAAUGUUUUUUACUUUAUUUAUAAGACGCCGUACUUCUUCGUCUGCAGUAUCCUCCACUGUACAAUUCUUCACUAUUAAAUUAAGCGUGUGGGCGUAGCAACCAAAAUGCUUCCAUCCCAUUUUCUCAACAGCACUUCUCAUGUUGCUGGCAUUGUCAGUUACAACUAUUAACACUUUGUCUUUAAGUUUCCAAUUUUCGACAAUGCGGAGUACGUGUUCUUUAAUAUUUUCGGCCGUAUGCGAACCCGGCAAAAUUGUGCAGUCCAACAGCACUGACUUAAUUUGAAAGCUUGGAUCUAUGUAGUGUGCUGUUAGUCCCAAGUAAGCGUCAUUUACGCUGGAUGUCCAAAUAUCAGUCGUCAGACAUAUGCUUUCUGCGUCAGUUUCCAGUUUGAUCUUCAUUUUUGUCAUGCACGUUUCAUAUAGUGCAGGCAAAUAAUUAUUCGAGAGGACUUUCCUAUUUGGCAACUGAUAAGAGGGGUUCAGGCCUUCCACAAACGCCUUGAAACCUCGAUCUUCAACUAUGGAAAAUGGUUGAUAAUCGUAAAUGAACAACUGCAUCAGCAGGUUGUCCAGUUUCUUUUUUUCGUUAGGGGUUAUUUUCUUUUUUAUAUAUCGAGCCAUAGUUUGGUUCAACAAAACUCUUGCCGAUGAUUGUUGUUCUUGCCCAGUGUGAGAUUGAAGAGGUGUCAGGGGUUCAAGACGCGGUUGGGACGAUGCAGAAGGCUCUGGUUGUGGUUGGGACGUUGUAGAGGGCUCAGGUUGGGGUUGGGACGAUGUAGGUGGUUCUGGAUGCGACUGAGUUAUUUUCGUGGACACGAACUGUAUUGUCGGAUGUUUUCUCUCCAAAUGUUUUUUUAAAUUCGUUGUUGAUGAUUUGUAACUAAGUUUUGUUUGACAAAUUUUACAAUUUGCCAUUUUAUUUCCACCCAAGUCUUCAAAACAGUUCCACAAAUUACUUGAUUUAAUUUUUCGUGAAUCCGCCAUUUUUAACAGUUUAUGAUAAUAUUUAAAACUAACCCUACAAAAACCUACGCUAAUUAUAUGUACACUUAAUUACUUUUAUACACCAAACUAUCUAUAAACAAUGAAAAAUAUAUUUACACACUUUAAUUUUACUUAAUCAAAUAAACAAACGAAAAUAAAUCUUGGAAAACGCAAAAAUUACUCCCACAAUUACUUCCGAAUUGAAUGCACCUGUCACAGUGAUUCGUUUUUUCAUUUUCGCGCCAAAUUUCAGGACACGGAAAACAUAGACCUUUAAAUAUGUAGAUAUGAUCAGUGUUAUGCAAGUAGACAAAACACUUUCAGAGUACAGUAGCAUAAAUAAAACAGUGUUAGCCAAAACAAGUAAACAAGUAACAGGUUUAAAUCAAACUUUAUUAAAUUAUAGGUAUUAAAAAAAAGUUUUAUAAUAAUACAAUCAAUACUUACAUAAUAAACAAAAUAUAACAAGUACUUUAUAAUUAUUACUUCUUACAUACAUAAACUCACGUCUAUUCUAAUCUUCAUCACUAUAAAAUAUCUAAUUUAUCGUAUUUUAUUUUCAUAUCUUAGCUGAAAUUAUUUUAUUCAUCUGUUCCAUUCUAACAAUUAUUAACUCAAUCAACUCUACGUAGAGAAAAAGCGCCAAUAAAAAAUGACCAGCGGUCGUGGCGCUAGUUUCGCAGUUUCCGCAUAGAUUUACUAUAUUUUGUCAUAUAUUUCAUUUAGUUCCAUUUAAACUCGCGGUUCACGGAGCCGCGGCCGUUGCAUGCGUGAAUGAACGAAACUAGCUGUCUUUCUCUCUCGCACUAGCCGAAGGGGCACCGGAGAAGUACGAACGAAUGUUAUUUCGCUUGGAUUCGCGUCAGUAGUGAAAUGAGUGACUGAGAACAAAACAUGUACCGGAACUAUGGAACUGAGAAGGAACGACAUACGUUACUCGGAACGUUGUUACUUCGCCAGCAGUCACAGUGAUAACUUUAGAUAUCAGAUCACGGUGAUUUUUUCACCGUGACGUUAUUUAUCACCCACCUCUAGAAGUGAUGAUAAAUAUAAACAUUGCAAGUUUUUAGAUUGUUUGCAUAAUUUUCUUAAGAUUUGUGUAUUAUAAAGUAUAAAUGAUAUGUAAAUUUUAUUUUUUACACUUUAAACAAAUCCAUAUUCAGACAUGUUGCUAAAUACAGCGCUGAACUUUAUUAAAUUUAAGGUUAGUUUAUUGCAUGUGUUUUGUAACUUGCAAAACAAUUUUGUCCGUUGGAAUUUAGUUGUUUACCAAAUUUAUUUACAGGCAAAUGUUUGUCGAAACUGUCGAGCGGCCGUCCUACAACGAUGCUCCUUCAGUCAAGAUCUGGAGACAAAAUAUACUGAUACACAGAAGAAGAAAAUUUUGCAGGUUAUUAAUGAUUCUGAUGCAGUUACGUUAGCUGGGUAUGAAGUAUCAAAAGGCAGAUUAAAAAAGUUUACCCAAUGGAAAAGUAGCAAUGGAGAAAUUAAAAGUGUGUCUGAUGUUGAAAUGAUAGAGGGGUUUUCUGAGAAGACUGCUACUAAACUGUUUGACAGUAUACUAGAGGGUCCGGCCAAGAAAACUGAUAAACGGUCUAGUAAAAUAAAGGGACAGGUUCUACAUCCACACUUGAGUGAGAGUUUGAGAAAGAACUGCAAAACUGUGUUGUCAGUAUACAUAACAGUAAAUUCAGUGUGUUGGACACUAUUUAACCGGAGUAACUAUGAGGUGGUGAGCUGGCAAUAUCAUCCCAUUGACCAUCCUGAAGGCAAGAAGUUUCAGAUCACGGAAAUUUUGGAUAUUGCUUGGAAAGUAACGCAAUGUUUGCCAGUAGCAGACAUAUAUGUGAUGAAAGCAGAAGCUACAACUCUUCGGGCGGCUGGCAGCGACCCUAACAACCCUAAGGUUAUUGCCGUCAAUUUGCAGAAAGCUCAGAUGAUUGCCAUGAUUGUCGCGCUUAUCAAUGCAAGGAGUCACAAUAAAAGCAUUACUCAUGACGAAACUUACCAAGCAGAGGAGAAUUUAAACCAAAGAGUAUAUUUUUUGAGACCUACACUUCCUUUUAGAUUAUACGGUACUCUAGUCGGAAAUGAGAAAGUGUCGACAGACCAAACUGUUGAAAUGCUUUUACAAAACGCCAAUAACGAGUCCUCUAGUAAAUCUCAUUUACUUGUACCUGAUAAACUUCAGAUCAUGUUCAGGAACCAAAAGGACUUACAGAAGGACAUGCUUGGACACUCUCUGUUACUUGGUUUAACUUUCAUGGACAUUUGCAUUUACAAAAACCAAGAGAGUAUAGACAAACUGGUCAAAAGAACUCGAGAAUGAGGUAUGUGUUGUGUUUAUUGAUUGUUUGUUAUUUGAAAAAUAAAUGACGUUGAAUAUUA